AGUAAUGAAACGAUCACAUUUUUAACGAUACUGUCCGACGUUACGAACGAGGAGCAGAGGUUGCGCUGUGACCUUCCCGCUCGAACUUCGUCGCGCGAAUGAUGACAAGAUUUGGAGAAGAUUAAUAUUGCGACUGUUCGAUCGAGCGAAUUGAAGGAUGAAUAAAUACGUGAAUUUGGCGAACGUGGGCACUAAUUAUGCCAUGCGUAUGAAUCGUCUGAGUAAUCGAAUUUUCGGAGAAGUUGUCAAACCGACUAAUCAAAAAUCGAUGAAAGUUGUGCAGCUCUUCAGCGAGAAACCGGUGAAUAAACGACCGGAGAUCGUGGAAUAUUAUCCAAGAUAUGAGCAGACAGAACAACUGAUGACCCACCUACGGAAUUACGGUCUCUUCAGGGAUGAGCAUAAAGAUUUUAAAGAGGAAUAUCAACGUUUGAGAGAACUUCGUGGUAAAACGAGAUGGAUAGCACCUAAAUUUAGAAAUAAAGAUAAAUCAGCCUAAAGAGAAAUAGAUCGCCUAUACUAUAAAGUAUGUAUUUUAUUUGUAAAUAAUAUAUUACACAAUUAAAUUGAGUUAUAAUUAAUAUUGCUAAAAUAAAA